AUGUCAUCAGAGGCAAUCGUGGGCACUUGCAUGGAGAUGGAGAAGCAGUACAUCCGACUGCAGUCGAUGCCUGACCCCUCUACUGUUCGCCCUGAACGCGUUCUCGUGAAAUGGGCUGAAAGGCUCAAGGUGAAGUACGACACGGACGAGGCUGACUGGGAGUGGAUUUCGGACCAGUUCAAGGCGAUCAGGCAAGAUAUGGUCAUCCAACACAUCAGGAACGCAAACUCGGUGCUGGUAUACGAGUCCAACGGGCGGCUGGCGAUGCUGGAGCACGACUUCGGUGAGUUUUAUAAGAUCCAGAGUUACUUGAUGGGGCUGUACGCGGACACGCGAGCAAAGGAGAAUGAGGCGGAGUUUAUGGCGUACAGGCUCUUCUACUGGAUGAUGCAGAACAACACAGUGGACAUGGUGAAGGACAUUCGAAACAUGCCGAUGGAGCUCAAGACACAUCCUUACGUCUCUCACGCGCUCAGCUUGCACCGAGCUCUAGAGCUCUCGGAUUACGUCUCCUUCUUCCGCCUGUUCGCCAAGACGCCAAACCAUGGAAAGUGCAUCGUGUGCAUAUUGCGCGACAGGAUGAGGAGCAGAGCUCUGCGCGUGAUCCUCCGCUCCUACAAACCCUCGAUCCCGCUGGACUUCCUGCGAGAUCAGCUUGCGUUCAAGGUCAGAAGUGAGGUAGACGGGCAGAGCUGA